CGGAAGGCGCUGAAUGCAGUGAGGUGAGUGAAUGCUCUGCUCAGGUAGUUUCCUGAGAGAUAAAGGACUCUUGGAGCUGGACACGGAGGAUAUCAGGAUGCCAGCCCUUGUAAAGGCUGGGAACGGGUGUGGGGGUUCCACCGUGAAGUAUUUACAGAAUACUAAAGGGCCAGCGACGCCCUGGGAAUCCAGUGCAGGCCCUGCUCUCAGCUCACUGCAAAGGUAAUGGGGAAGGGAGACCACAAACAAAUCAAAACAACGGGAUCUGAGAGGGUAGUGAAGAGCUUUAAUCGAAGUUGAAAUCUGCUGAUGGAACGGAACUGAGUGAGGAAGUGAUAAGGAGGAAGCCUGCCUAUUGGGAGUAGGAGUAGAGCUUUUGAAUAAAUAGCAAAGAGAGACGACGGAGAAGAGAGGGAGAAGAGAGUCCUAGGCACCGAGUCUUUGUCAGGCUGGUCUCCACACUCAUCUUUUAAUUUUGAAAGCCUCAGAACACCUGGACCACUUCUUUGGAAAACUGUUCUACCAGCAACAAGUCAUCCACUGCGAUCCUGUUGAGCAUAGCCACAUCUGAGUUUUCCAAGUCUAAACAGGACUGCCUCUGAUUUUCCCAUGAAGCUGCAUUAUUGUCUGUGCAUCUUACUGGUGGUCACUUUUGUGCCAACUGCUCUGGUUUUGGAAGAUGUGACUCCACUGGGAACGAAUCAGAGUUCAUACAAUGCAUCAUUUCUUUCGAGCUUUGAACUCUCGGCAGGUUCCUACUCAGGUGAUGAUGUCAUCAUAGCCAAAGAGGGAACAAAUGUUUCACUGGAGUGUCUUCUCACGGUGGAUCACUAUGGAGAAGUCCACUGGUACAACUCGAAAGGACGGCAGCUGCAUAGCAGAGGUGGAAAAUGGUUGGUUUCUGAUAACUUCCUAAAUAUCACCAGCGUAGCCUUUGAUGACCGUGGGCUCUACACAUGCAUCAUCACUUCUCCCACUCGUGCUUCCUACUCGGUCACCCUCCGUGUGAUCUUCACCUCUGGAGACAUGAGUGUGUACUAUAUGGUCGUCUGCCUGAUCGCCUUCACAAUCACACUCAUCCUGAACGUCACUCGGCUGUGCCUGAUGAGCACCCACCUCCGCAAGACUGAGAAGGCCAUCAACGAGUUCUUCAGGACCGAGGGCGCUGAGAAGCUCCAGAAGGCCUUUGAGAUUGCAAAGCGUAUCCCUAUCAUCACCUCAGCCAAAACCCUCGAGCUUGCCAAGGUCACACAGUUUAAGACUAUGGAGUUUGCCCGCUAUAUUGAGGAACUGGCCAGAAGCGUCCCUCUCCCACCCCUUAUUCUCAACUGCCGGGCCUUUGUUGAGGAAAUGUUUGAGGCUGUGCGAGUGGAUGACCCUGAUGACAUGGGAGAAAGAAUUAAGGAGAGACCUGCUUUAGACGCUCAAAGUGGCAUCUAUGUGAUUAACCCAGAGCUAGGCCGAAGUAACUCGCCCGGUGGAGAUUCAGAUGAUGGCUCUCUAAGUGAGCAAGGACAGGAGAUAGCAGUACAGGUGUCUGUCCACCUUCAGUCAGAGACCAAAAGCAUUGGGACAGAUUCUCAAGACAGCAGUCAUUUUAGCCCACCCAGUGACCCUGCAUCGGCUGAGGGCAGCACUCACCACAGAGAAUGAGCAUGUGGCAACUGACAGCUUGCCCAGUGCUCAGGAAAGAGCCUGCUAUGAGAACAUAACAUUAUUGUAAAAUGACCAGGGUCUUCCCUUUAACCUUAAGCACACCACAGCAUGAAUUGCCAAAGUCAUCGUGAAAGGGCAGCAUUUUUCUAAUAUUUGGUCAUUUUCCUUAAGGUUGCUGGAGUGAUAUGUGUUAAAAUUGAAAGGUGAGAGGUCCUGAGUAAGACUUCUGGUCACAGUUUUUCUUUGGCUCAUGUGUGACACAUUGAAGCCUAAGUUUCCCUAUCAAUGGAAUCAGUGACUUGUUCUCAUUGAGUUGAAACUUAAACCCAAACUUCUUACCUAUUUCACCUCUAAGUCAGAUUCUCACUAGACCUUUGGUCCAUCCAAAGACUUUAUUCUGCACUCUAGUCGUCUACACCAAUGCCAGACAUGGAGAGACUCUGCCCUGGGGAGUGAACAUGUGCUGGGCAGAUCUUUUAAGUGAGGCACCACUGUGUUACACAGAUCUAGAGAGUAAAUUUUGAUGAGAAAAUCAUUCUCACUGGGUGUGGUAGCACAUGCCUUUAAUUCCAGGCAGAGAUAGGCAGAUUCCUGAGUUCUAGGCCAGCCUGGUCUAUGGAGCAAAUCCAGGAUAGCCAGGCUAUACAGAGAAACCCUGUCUUUAAAAAAAAAAAAAAAAAAAAAAAAAAAGGAUGGAGGGCGGGGGAGAAAAGGUCACUCUCUCCAUGAGAAAUGUAUUCUUGGGAGUACAUCCUGUCUUUUUAGCUUAUCUUUACCUUUAGUCCAUCGAGCUGGCCUUGAUGUCCCCAAGGAAAAAUGUUUUCGGUGUUUUGUGAACAAGAACUAUGUCAAGUCACCUCUCUGGAAAAUCAUCAAUUUUGAUACUUUUUAAUAAUGUCUCAGGCUUUCUCUUUUUAGACGUACUAAAUUCCCAGGUGGAUUCUGUGUAGGUCUAGAACUGCAGAAUCCGCAGUAGUGCCCAACCGCAAGCACCCCUGUCCCCUGUGUUCUUCAACCUGGUGCUAGAGGUGAUACACCUCCUCUUGUCUUGCCGAGACUCGUUGUUGUUAGUAUUUUGGUUCUUCAGAUGCAUCCUUUUGACUGAGGGCUCUUUUGUAGCCUUUCUUGAAGCACCUACCUGAAAUCAGAGGAGAUCAUUGUGCUCAGUUCGUUAUUAUAUUAAAAACAGGCAAUCGACCCAAGGGAGAAACGACAAGUGGUGGUGCUGCCCACCUCGUCGGGGUACAGUAAGCACUGACGCUGGCACUUCCCGCUGACGGAGAGUGACAUGACAGAUUGUAGGUAGUCUUCUCAAUCCUUUCCUCGGCUGCAGGAAGCUCAUGCCAUAGAAUUUUAACAUCGUGGCUGUGGAGCUCAAGGCAAUGCUUCACUUCAUUUGGCUUCUGGUUGUGGGAGAUUUGCUUCAGCUAGAAGGUCCCGAGGGAAAUGUGCAGAGGAGGUGUUCAUCGGAAUUUAAUUUAAAGUGUCAAACAAACAGAGGACAGCAGGAAAUUCAAAGUGUAACCAGUGAGCUCAGUGCCUGCCUUUGUCAGGCUCCUCAGAUACAUACGACACCUCCGCUCUGGACAAUGUGAACGAAUCAGUGUGCAGCUUCAUCAAGUGGCAUAUGGAUAAUAUGGUAAUGCUGCCUUUUCUGUCUCUCAGGCUGUUUCCAUGGAAACCUUCAGAGCCAAACAAAAGCUACCAAUCAUUCAACCAAAAAGCUUGCCUUGGCUCAGAGAUGUGAGUUUCUUUAAGGAAAGCUGUUUUCAUACAUUUGGCUGUAGAAUAAGGGCUCUUAGACAUACCCUAAGUUACAGAACAUGUUUUCCCUUCCUACUGUUCUCUGGACAUAGUAAAUUUUUAAAAAUCUAUUCUGUGGGAUCAGUCUCCUGAAUUUCUCUCAGAUCUAUAGUUCCUCACCUGAUAAAGCAAGGUCUGGGUCACUUCUUCAAUGAAGUCUGUUGCCUUAAAUAAUGAUUUUACCCCCACAUGUUCCUAGAAGGGACAUUAAUGUCUUGAACUUUAAAGUAGACAUAUUUAAUGACCAGAGUUUCAGAAAAUGAUACUUUGCAAAAAUGGAAAAUACCAAAACAGUUAGGUAAGCUUACAGAAUUCAUACAGGCCACUCCACCAUAGCCUGGGUCAGUCAUCACAGAAACAUAAAACAGACACUCGAUAUGGGGAAACACAGCUAUAAUCCCAGUACCUGGGAGGCAAGGGCAGAAGGAUUACAAGUGCUAAGCCAGCCUGAGCUAUCUAACAAGGUCCUGUCUCAAAAAGCUAACCAAUAGGUGUGUGUUUGAGGGUGGGGUGUCAGUCUUCCUGUGUGCGCUAAGCCUGGACUUGAUCCAGUGGUCCUAACUGGUGGCCAGUGCAACUGCCCUGCUUUGAGCCUUUCAAGUUCUGUCAAAAUAGGAUAGGUCAAACUCAAGAAGAGUAGCAGACUUGUAAAAUCUACUUUUCAAAGUGAAGAGGACAACUGUUAAUAUUUUCUGUGUCUGAUCAAACCAAAUGGAUUUAACAGUCUCCUCUGUUUGUAGAAACUUAGAGCCACCGUCUGAACGUCUGCUCCCAGCUGGUGUCAUCUUUCCGGCUGGCUGAAUUUUAUAGGUUAGUUAGGUUUUGUUUUGUUUUGUUUUGUUUUGUUUUAAAUGCCUUUGAGCAGCAAAAUGUGUAAAAUAGGUCUGUUGACAUACUGUGAAUUCUGUAUUGUCAUUUAAUGAACUUCAGUGUCCUUACAGAAUUAAAUAGUGGCUUCAUAAAAUAAAUCUAUCAAAAGUUGCCAUUCUGGGGCUGGGGAUUUAGCUCAGUGGUAGAGUUUGCCUAGGAAGCGCAAGGCCCUGGGUUCGGUCCCCAGCUCCGAAAAAAAGAACCAAAAAAAAAAAGUUGCCAUUCCAGCAUCUUUAUAUACUCCUUACACUCAUGCACUUUGGAGUUGAUGCCCUGUUGUGUUUAUAACAGUUUAAUAACCCCAGUCCUCAAAGCCACGUCUAAUAUGGCUUAAAUAUUUUUUAAAAGCAGGUCUUUCUAUAUGUCCAACCUGCCUUCAAAUAUGUUAUCCUCCAGUCUCAGUCUCGUGGAUACUAGAAUCACGCAUGCACUGCCAUGCUGGCCUUUGUCUGCCUUUGUCUCAGUAUGUAGCCUAGGCUGGCCUUGAACUUGGAGCAAUUUUCUUGCUUCUGCCUCACAAAUGCUAGGGUUACAAGUAUGUGUCACUAUGCCUGGCAAAGGCUUCUUGAGUCAAGCCUGGUAAGCUUGUCUGUUUCCUGUCCACUAUAUAUUGGUAUAAAGGUGGUAAGAACUGCUGGCCCUGGAACAAUUGUUUUUUUGUUUUUUGGUUUUUUUGUUUGUUUGUUUGUUUGUUUUCUUUUUUUCAGAGCUGGGGACCGAACCCAGGGCCUUGCGCUUACUAGGCAAGUGCUCUACCACUGAGCUAAAUCCCCAACCCUGGAACAAUUGUGAGGAAGCCGCCGCCCCCCCCCCCCCCCCUGCUACUUUCCUCCCUUCCACAUACUGAAGGUCAGAUCCCCAUCUGAUGCCACUUCCUCUUCAGUUCCCCAACCUCAGAAGCCCAUGGGCCAGUGCUUUCUAUACCCAACAUGUAGUUUUCACCCUACAGCUGGGUCCCUGACUGACCCAGGAGGCUGCAUGCAUGCUGUCUAGAGCCUAGCUCAGCACAGUGCUGGCCUCGUCCCCACACCAGCCAUUGUAACUCUAAUGUAUCCUCUUUCCAGAGCCACAGUCUUCUCACCUAGGCAGGAAUGUGACAACACUCGGCCUCUCGUGAAAACUUCUGGGUGCUUAUGGACCUGUCACACAAAAGGGAAUGAGUGUUGUUGAUAGUACUUGUAUCUCAACAAUUAUUUUAAUUAAACUUGCAUUUAAAAAGUCA